AUGCCCUUAUCAGAACCCCGCCAGAUCAAAAAGCCCCGAUUAUCGCUCAGUUGCAUCGUCUGUCGACGACGCAAGGUUCGCUGCGGUCGCGAACAGCCAGAAUGUGCCAACUGUGUGCGCAUGAAAGAGAAUUGUGUCUACAGGGCCGUGGUCCGGGAUGAGUCUACCGGCCGUGUACGACCUGUACCGCCCCAAGACAGAGACCCUAGAGAUUCUACAGAUACCCACCCUGACCUCCCUUGGCCGCAUUGGCGUGUCGGCCCCAAUGCGCCAUAUUCCGAGAUACAUCCCAGACCUGCUUCUCGUCCUUCCCCAGAUCGAGAAGAACCAUAUCCGACAGUUCCAAGGGGUCCUUCAUGGGAAGAGGCUAUCCAACUCCUCCGUUAUCGCGAUGCGAGCGUUCCUCGGAUUGGUGGUAGCUCGAUAACCCGGGAGCCUUCCACAAUGCCAUCAGCAAACUACUUCCCGUCCCUCAACGAUCCCCUUUGCCGUGAUUAUUUGAGCAUACGGCAAGGUGGCCGCGUGAGAUACAUUGGUCGGACUUUCUGGGGGUUCGUGGCCGGAAAGGAGAGUCUGAGCGACGAUUUCUUUGACGAAAACCGUGACGCCUACCCCGGUCUUCCUCUUCCACAUAUAUCCUCUAUAGGCAUGUUUAAUCUCCUACGGUCGCUACCCACGAAGCCCGCAAGUGAUGCCUUUCUCGAGACGUUCUUCCUUGCCGUGUGGCCACUUGUGCCACUCCUACACCCACCUUCCCUACAGGCAGACUAUGAUGAGUUCUGGGAUUGGUGUCGGAAUAGCGAGAGCGCUUUACCCCCGGCUAAACUUCGGGAGGAUCCUACCUCGAUAUGUCUUCUAUUUGCAGCGCUCUAUUGUGGCGCAUCUGCCGCGCCAGCCGCCAGCUGGGCGCACCCAAAUCUGCAGGAUCUACAGAAGGAGGCGACAGUGAGCCACCUCAAGUCGGCAUAUACUACGAGUCUUUCUCUAUGUCAGCACCUGGAACAUCCAACAUUAAAUACACUAAUUUCGAGUUUGUUCACGGCACCGUUCCUGGGCCAGCCAUUCGAGCCCAUGUGUAGUCUGGUUCAUAUAAGUACGACGGUCCGCAUUGCCCAGACUAUGGGUUUACAUCGGGAGGGAACAUGGUCUGCGUUGAGUUCCACCGAUAAAGAAAUCCGACGUAGAAUCUGGUGGCACAUUGUUUGGCUGGAUGUGCAGUCGACCAUCUCCACGGGUCUGACCCCCUGUUGUGGGAAUGAGGCUUUGGAGGCCGUGAGCAUGGUUGGUACUCACUGUCAAGAGUCCAGCGAUAUCCCCGCUGGAAGUUCCCCGAGCACUGAUUCCGUGACUAAAGGGCCGUCGGUCGCUAUAUUAUACGCCAUUGGACGCUUUCAGACUGCUCGAUUACAAGCGAGGGUCGUGGUGCACCUGCAGAGUGCGCAGGGACCAACCCAGGAUGGAUUUGGCGAGCUGGUCACAGACGCCAAAGAGCUUAUACGGAAUAUUGACUCACUUAUCGCGCGCGUUCCUACACAGGGGAUUCCCGAAAAGGGGUACAUCCCAUCACGUCUAGCUAAUGCAUCUCCGUCCACGCAUCCCUCGUUAUACAAGGAUGAUACAAGCCAACCGACCGUAUUUGCGGCAUGGACGCGAAUUAUGUUAACAUUGAUGAAAUCGGAAAUAUCCAUUUUGCUCCAAAAGCCAUUUUUGGGACCCCCAGAGAGUACGAAUGCGCAAUCACGCAAGUCAUGGACUAGCAUGGCGCAGCUCUGCGUAGAUUACCUGCGUAUUUACUUGCAGCUGUAUCAAGCACCUGCGUUCUCCCCAUACGCGUGGUUCUAUUCCAGUCACUAUGGGCCUCUCCAAUGCUGUACCUCCAUUCCUUCCCGGAGUCUGGAGAGACCCUGCUCGCCCGGUAUUGCGUUGAUGAGGUUAUACAACACUGCGUGUCCCAGUAUCAAGAUCCAGAUUCGUCCUCCACAAGGACCAGCCCCGGCGACACUGAUUCCAAUUCGAGCAAGACACGCAUGCCAUUGGCCAUUCAAAUUCUCGUUGAUCUUCAUGAACGCCUUGACUCAUCUCUCGAAGCUGAAGACCAACCCCGCUGCCAUUGGCCGUGAGCCACCCUUAGACCCGCUGUCCUGCGUCGCACCUUGCUACCAAGGCUCCUCUUCUAAUGCAUCCUCUUCUCGGGCUCGUACCAGCUGCAAUUGUCAACCCCGAUAUAUGACUACAGGACCUCCCCUGGUGGUUGUUGGUAACAAACCAGGUACACCUAACACUGCCUUUGUGGACGGGAGUAAUUCGGGCUUGGAUACGGGCUUUCUUGCUACGAUUUCGGAUCUAGAGGCAUGGUCCUCGUCAUUGAUAAUAUAA